UUCGUGCGGCUCCUCGCGCCUGCACAAUCGGGUAAUGAGGCCGCUCGGAGAGGGGCUCUGGUCCCGCUAGGCGGACCCACAAACCCGGAAAAGCGCGCAGCACAUCUCAGCCUUAGAUCCCGCCGGACCCCGGACCCCGGACCCCGGGCUGGCGCGGCCGGCAUGUCGGAUGCGCGGAAGGGGCCGGACGAGGCGGACGACAGCCAGUGCGACUCCGGCAUAGAGUCGCUGCGCUCUCUCCGCUCCCUGCCCGAGCCUACUGCAGCCCCAGUCUCGGAACCGUCGCACAAAGGCUGCCCACAGCCCUGGAGCCAUCAUCCUCCAGAGACCCACAAGGAACCAGAGGAGAAAGAAGAUGCGGAUGGAGAGCGGACGGAUUCCAACUAUGCCUCUUCCUCUCUCACCGAGUCCUUGCCCUCGCUAGGGAGACUCGAAGUGGAGGGCCCGGCCCCAGGCUCACCGCUGCCCCACACCGAGGUGCUCAGCCCUCAGCAACUCGAAGCCCUCACAUACAUCUCUGAGGAUGGAGACACGCUGCUCCACCUGGCCGUGAUUCACGAAGCCCCAGAGGUGCUGUUCUGUUGCUUGGCUUUCCUGCCCCGGGAAGUUCUGGACAUUCAGAACAACCUUUACCAGACAGCCCUCCAUCUUGCUGUUCACCUGGACCAGCCAGAUCUAGUUCGAGCACUGGUGCUGAAGGGAGCCAGCCGGGCACUGCAGGACCAACACGGUGACACCGCCCUGCAUGUAGCCUGUCAGCGCCAGAACCUGGCAUGUGCAUGCUGCCUGCUGGAGGAGCAGCCAGAGCCAGGCAGAGAGCCAUUUCACCCCCUGGACCUCCAGCUGAAGAACUGGCAAGGUCUGGCCUGCCUCCACAUCGCCACGUUGCAGAGGAACCAACCACUCAUAGAAUUGCUGCUUCGGAAUGGAGCGGACAUCGAUGCACAGGAGGCCACCAGUGGGAAGACCGCACUGCACCUGGCUGUGGAAACCCAGGAGCGUAGCCUGGUGCAGUUCCUGCUCCGGGCUGGUGCCAGGGUAGAUGCCCGAAUGCUCAAUGGUUGCACACCUUUGCAUCUGGCAGCUGGCCGGGGCCUCAACAGCAUCUCAUCCACUCUGUGUGAAGCUGGUGCUGACUCCCUGCUGCUGAAUGUAGAAGAUGAGACACCCCAGGACCUGGCUGAGGAUCUUCUUUCUUAUUUGCCCUUUGAUGACCUGAAAAUCUCCGGGAAGCCACUGCUGUGUACUGACUGAAGCCAGGACAGGGUCCCACCCUGGAAGCUGGAAACGCAGCUGCUGCAAUUGGGGCCCAAGCAGCGCGGCCCUCUGCUGAGGCCAGAGCC